CACAGCUUUCUGAAGAGGUUCUUUGCUUCUGCUUUAAACAUCUGGAGAGACAAAACAGCGUUUGUGGGGUCUUUUGUUGUUGCUGAAAGUUGGAGCAGGGAAUAAUUAUGUUCCAAGAAAUACUCCAAAUCCUGGAAAAAUCAGGGUGGAAUCACUAAGUGUGAAGCUUUAUCUCCUUUAUAAAUGAAAGUGCUUUCGUUUCAUCUGUGGCAACUGUCCUGGUAAUGGAUGUUGCGUAAUAUUUACUCUCCCGUUUGGAGUUAAAUCCUUUUUCCGAUUUGCCAGUAAUAUUUGCAUAUGUAUUUCUUAGCUGCAUUGACAUGCCAGAUGCACAGUGGUAGCUGUCUCCGCCUGCUAAUCCUGUAAUAACAUUCUGGUGACCAAAUUCAAUGGCCCUGCCUGCGCGGAGCCUCGAAACAGCUGAUUGCUGAGUAGGGAGGAAAAAAAAUAACCCAGCGAAUCUCGUUGCAGCUCUCUGCUGCAUCCCUAUCCCACAAUCCCUCGCACCAUUUGCUGCAGUCUUUCUACACAGGCUGAGUGAGAAAAAGAUGUGCUAAAUAAAGAUUGAUUGGUUUGAAUCCUGAAGGGGUCUCCCACUUGUAAAUGACCGGGGGGAAAAAAAUUCAUGACGACUUCACUGGGCCUCCUCUUAUUCUUCCAUUUUUCUUUCAACCUGUCCUCUUCGUGGAAUGGAGCGUCAUCCCUUAGAGCACAAAAUCUGUUGUGCAUCUAAUAAUGACUGUGCUGUGAUAGGGAUUCUUGAACAGUUUUACGUGUGAGGCUUGAAAUAUUAACAGAUGAUGGUUUGUUCGUUUGGAUUUCUGCGGAACUGCAGCUCCGUCCCUGCAAGGAUUUUAUCCUCAGCACUGCACUGAUUAAGCUAUUUUUCUACAAAGAUGGCAGUGUGCAGGGUAGAAGGGAACAGGACCCAUAUGUCAGUGGUCUAGGAUGGCCAGUGAAGGCUCCAACAUCCCAAGUCCUGUGGUCCGUCAGAUUGACAAGCAGUUUCUGAUUUGCAGCAUAUGUCUGGACCGUUACAAGAACCCCAAAGUACUUCCCUGCCUGCACACUUUCUGUGAGAGGUGCUUACAGAAUUACAUUCCAGCCCAUAGCUUGACCCUUUCUUGCCCCGUGUGCCGACAGACCUCCAUUCUGCCAGAGAAAGGGGUUUCUGCACUCCAGAACAACUUCUUUAUCACCAACCUGAUGGAUGUCCUGCAACGAACGCCAGACAACAGCAUUGAAGAGUCCUCCAUCUUGGAGACUGUCACUGCUGUUGCUGCGGGCAAACCACUCUCCUGCCCCAAUCAUGAUGGAAAU